AUGGUGGCCGUUCCUGAGCUCUCCAGGAUGAUUCAAGAGUUCGAAGGUAGCAACAAUCAAACAGAGGAAAAUGACCAUCAUGAGAAGAAGUCAGGUAUUCAUAUCUGGGAUAUCAUGGAUAAUACGGUGGUCAAAACUGUUCGCAGUGUUACAAAAAUUGGUGAGAAACAGUCCAAUUCGUUUGCCAAUGAGCGGUUUGUCGAGAGAAGAAAGCCUGAUACACAACCUUUCAAGAAGAAUAAUCUUCCCACUUUCACGUCGACGAAAAAGGAGACCGUGAAAGACGAAAGUAGAAGUUUUGAGGGAUGA